AGCGCGUCAGAGAGUCAGAGAGUCAGAGAUAAUAAGCCCGGGUCCAGUCAGCAAUGGAAAUCUAUCACUCAAGUUACUACUGCGAGGACUUCAGGACUCAGGAGGUCCCAUCUGGCCUGGACCUGGCAUCACAGGUCCCCAAUGGAGAAGAAUCCUCUUUUUCAUUCGACGCCCUUUGCUUCGGAUCUCAGCUGUGUGCCGACGUUUACAACGGAUUCGCCAAGGAGAUUCCACUUUUUGAUCCUAAAGGAUGCAGGAGCGACUCCGGCCACGUUGAUGCGGACACCACCUUGGAUCUGCAGGGCUGGACAGAAUAUGCAAAUGUUUCCGCUGGCAGACCCUCCGACCCCAACCAGAGCGUCCCCAUCUCUUGCUAUGAAGAAGCCGAUUUCUUAAGUCAAGCCUAUCAGACCCUGCACUCCGUCAACUCCAGCGCCCUGCACAGGGAGUACAUCAGCAGCACCACCGUGGAUGGCGGAAUGGCACCGCUGCCCAACCAGUAUCUGCCAGUCAAGCAGGAGCCCUACUUGAACCCCGAGCACGGCGGAGCCCCGGAUCAUGCAGGCUGCGCUGCUGAGCAGGACUUCUCAAACAACCGGAUUUACAAACAAGACGUGGACCCCUCAUUCUCUUGGCAAGGCUACAACUACUCACCCGACAGCAGCCUCCUGCUGCCCGACUACUCCGCGCCCGCGCAGUCCGUGUCGCCAUGCUGCCCUCGUGUGGCCAAACACAGAACGACAAGUAUUAUAUCACCGAGGCACUGCUCGGAAAAGCCGACGUCUGGAAUGGUGGCCUAUUCAGGUUCAGGUCCCAUCCAACUCUGGCAGUUUCUGCUCGAGCUUCUCUUGGACGAAUCCUGCCAGCCCUUCAUUAGCUGGACUGGAGACGGAUGGGAGUUUAAGCUGUCUGAUCCAAAUGAGGUGGCCAAACGCUGGGGAAAGUGCAAAAACAAGCCAAAGAUGAACUAUGAGAAGCUGAGCCGUGGCCUGAGGUAUUAUUACCACAAGAAUAUCAUCCACAAAACCGGUGGCAAGCGCUACGUCUACCGCUUUGUAUGCGACGUGCAGAGCAUGCUGGGGAAGACGGCAGAAGAGUUGCACGCCAGCCUGAACGUGAGGGUGAAGGGCACCCCAAGUCCACAGUGCUACUGACCGCCGCUGACGAAGGACCUCUAGAUACCUGCAGCCAGCUGAUCGUGGCACAGCCUUUCCAACUACAUAUUUCUGUUGGCACUUGAAAGAACUUGAUGAAGAAAGCAACUGAUCUCAUCUGAGAUCCUCUUAGCUGUUGCAAUUUCUCCACUAAAACAAUGACAGUCUGAACGAUUUCAGAAAUUUAGAAUAUUAUAAAAUUAUCUUAAUAGGAUGGAGGAAUCUGGCUGGGUGGGCUCACAUUAAGGGCUCCUCUGCUGUCGAAAUCCAGAUGAGAUGAUCAGCGCAUUCUCAUUCUUCAGGUUCAUCACAAAAAGGCCACCCCUUCUCCAUGUCCCAGGUUGAUUUUUCACAUCUCAUGAUGUCUUGGGACUGUUCUUUUUCACUCCAUGGUGGGCACCACUGUUUUAUUUACCUUGUUCGAAAACUCCUUGUGUUGAAGUCUUGCAUAAGGCUGAUUUGGGACAUCUCCUUGACUAGUGAAAGCAUCUGAAAAUUCAGGAAGCUGUGGCCUCAAUUUUAGGGGAACACACAAUGGAUGGUAAAAUCUAUGUUGUCCUAAUACUGGCUAUAGUAAUAAUAAUAAUAAUAAUAAUAAUAUUAAAAUGGAUUAAGCAGAAAUAAAUCACAAAUGACUUGUCUGAACGGACGUCCAAGUGAGCCUGUCUAAUUGUUGCAAGUUCCUGCUGUCACCUUCAACACCGGCUCAAUAUGGCGGCAUACUGCAGUCCUUAGCUGAACCCAGGAGGGGAGUGACCAGCUUCGAUUGUGUUAAUUUGCAUAUACCAGGUGCAUGCUGGGAUAUAUCAAGGUGUUCCAUCUUUAAACUGUGUAGCUAAAUACAUAAAAUUGAACUAUAAAUAGUGUAAAUAAUAUUUUAAAUUUAUCUCCUGUACUUUUACUCCUAUCAUAUUAUAAUAA